UAUGUUGGUUCAAAACGUUGUACACACAACAUUAUUUUUCCAUAUUUUUGGAUUGGCAUUGAAUCGUUUACGUGCUGUUUUCUUCCCUUUAAGCUAUCAAAAUGUUUGGGGGAAAGGUAAAAUUGAGGGUAGUGUUUUGGGGUAUUUCUAAGUAGCCUAUUAACUAAAAAGUUUUUUUUGGUGAAACUGAUUGUGUAUCUAAGUGCUAGUUUCAUCUGUAGUCUAGUUG